AGGUAUAUUUCAACCGUUUCUGCGGCACUUUGCAGCCUCCAUAAGCAUGUACGGAAACUGUGAGGGCAGGUUUGUAUGACGGUCCGCGCUCGUGCGGGUCGUGUCGAACAUCCUGCUCUAAAUGUAGCCAGCUCGCCAGGCUAGCAUUGUAGCUAGCAGUAUUACUGUUGCUUUAAUGGCGAUAACAGCUGAUUUCUUUCACUUAGUAAGCGAAGCAUUGAGUCCGGAGUUUGAAGAUUAUAAGGAUUUAAUUUAGCGAGCGCUUUUCAGGAGCUCAGUGGCAGGGCUAUUUUGGAGGAUUCAGUUGACCUUUCGGUGGACGAGCUAGCAGCCUCGGUAGCAAAACAGUAAUGUGACGACGUGUUGUGUGACCAGCUAGCAAUGGUGCAAGGACGGGGGAGCGUCAUCAAACCAGCAGAAAGAAAAAACCUGUGUUCAUCUAUCAAACAAAACAUGCCUUCUACUUUGCACUGACCAUUAAAAUGGUGUGACAACUGUCAAAAGUGUGACAGAAUUCCUUCAGAGAGCUGGAUACAACCUCCACAAGAAAUGGAGGACUCUCCUCACUUGUACAUCUCUGAAUUUGGAGACAAUGAGGACAUGGAAGAGGAGGAAGAAGACACCCAUCAAGGGGAAACCGACAUGGAACCACACACGAUCAAGUCGCUGUCUCCAGAAGAUAAACACCCCAACAAGGAUACUGAGAGAGACUGGAACUCAUUUCCCUGCCAGCACUGUCGGAGACUUUUUACCAGCAAACAAGGUUUGGAAAGACACAUGCACAUCCAUGCUUUGGCGAACAACGAGGCACACACAUACAAAAGCAAUAAGAGAAAUGCGUCUCUUGGUUCCAAUCUGGAUCAGCUGCAGCAUGAAAAGAUGAAGCCUCUGGAUUCAGUGGGCUUAGUCAUGCAGCUUCAUACUUCCUCCCCCAGCAGCUCUAAUACCUCAGUUUUGUCAGCGGGUGACCACACUGCUCAGCCAGACAAAUUGGGAGUUUUGGAGGGGCAUCAUGCUUGCAAGUACUGUGAAAAGAUAUUCACCACACACACCAACAAGCGACGACAUGAGCGCAGGAUCCACGAGCAGCACCUGCAAGUUACACAUGUGGAAAAAACCCAGCUGGCCCAGGAGGAAAAUCUUCAGAGGAUAUCUAAUGAAACAUCACAACAGAAAACAGAGCUUGGUGACAAUACAGCACUUGCAGCUGUUGUGGAGAAUGAAGUAGAACACGCAGAACAAUACAUGCUAGAUGUCCCAAGUAAUAUUUCAGAGAAUCUCAGCUUUUAUAUCGAUGGAAAAAUAGUGUCAACGAGUACAGUCAGUAGAAGUGAAGCAGCUGAGGUUCAUUCUGGGUCUUCGACUUUAGUUGGACUGGAUGCCCUGAUUCUAGACCCCGCCCAUAUCAGCCAUGUUUUAAAUACAGAUUCAGUUACAGGCAAAGAGAUACCAGGUCAACCGCAGGCCAAGAGAAGAACUGCGACACCACCUCUUUUACCACAAAUUAAAACUGAACUGGAGUCUGAGGUGGUCAUGUCUUCUUCCUCAUCUUCACUUGUAUCUUCGUUGAUAGAGAAUCUACUUCCUCAAAAUACAGAGUCUACUGUUGCGAAGAAAGAAAGAACUGUGUUUCUGUCCCCAAAGCUGAAGCAGCUCCUGGAGAAGCAGGAUGGCCUUAAACCUACACUCGCCCUCAUUACAGAUGGCCAGAAGCCUUGUUCACCUGUCUCUCUCUCUGUCCUGCCUGCUGGACCAGGAAGGUUUAAAAGAAGGACUGGGUCUCCACCAAGCUCUCCACAGCAAAACCCAACAGAUGAAGCUGCAGAUACGGGAGAUUGUGAUGCUGCAAGCACAGGACAGAUGGAUAACCAACAAAAUUCACCUGUGCACCAAACUGCCAAUGUGGAAGAAGAAACAGCUCCACCUGCAGAAGAGCCAGCAGUGAAACCUGCGUUGACAGAGAGCUGGGCCCCCACGACUGGCGGUAAUUCCUGCAACCAGCAACCACUGGAUCUCUCUAAUACAGUCAAAAGAAAUGAAGAUGUUGCUUUAACUGAUGCCGUGCUGGAUUUGAGUUUGCAAAAAAAGACCCCUGCUGAAUGUGAAGUUACAUUAAAUUUAGUUUCAGAGGCAGUUUUAAAUGAAGGAAAAUCAAAUACAUGCAUGGUAGAGACGGCCUUAGUGAAUAUUGGAGAGCAAAGUGUAAGCCUAGGGAAUCCCGAGACCCCUUUAGUCACAGACUUCAUACUAACAGGGGCGGAUAUGGUGACCCCAAUGGAGCCUAUGGCAGAAGGACUUGUUUAUGGACUUGCGCUUCCCUCUGGUUCUCUGACUCCAUCACCUGCCGCCCUUACCCCUGUUGCCUUGCAGCCAGCUUCACCGUGCACUAUAGCAUUUGCUUCCCCAGCCUCACACACAGUGCUCCCCGCUGCUCCUUCAUUAAUCACAGUUUUAGCACCACCACCAAUUUCUAACCCUUCAAGCCAACCACUUCAGGUAUUAGCCCCAAAUAUAUCUCCUGAACCCCUGGUAAUCUGCACAGAAAAUGCAUUAAAUUUCUCAGAGUGUGAUUUAACGACUGCAUUCGCCACUACAAAUUCUGCAAACCCUGUCACUCUCUCCCAGUCCCUUGACCCGACUCUAAAUCUACCUGGCCAUGUGUUCCUCUCCGAUCAAAUAGCUCUCAACCCACCUAUAGUUGAGUCCACCCCGAUGUCAGAAGUGCCAUUCACGCCCACUGUAACUUUAAAUGAUUCCCUCAUCAACUCAUAUAACAUAACCAGUAACACAGUGUUGAUAGAGUGCACAAUAGCUCUGGAAGCCCCAGGGAGUGUAGUCCCUGCUGCGGUUACCUUACAAGAAAACACUGCUGAGCCUCCAGCACCUACACAGAUGGUUGUUAAUCACAUAGAACAGCAACAGAUUGUAUCAGUGCCCCAUCCUCAAACUGUGGAUCCCACUAUUCUCAUGUCCUCCAUCGCAGAAUCAGUAACUCUAUCCACCACCACCACCUCAGUGCUAUCUGAUUGCCCUCCUGCUGCGAGUGAAUCCAGUCCUGACCCAGAGCCUGUUAUUAAUGCAGAGCAGUCAACGAUUAAAGAGGAGGAAGCUGCUGACAGUACUGUUUCCAUACCCGAAAUCUCAUCUAAAACCGCACCACCGUCUCCUGAGAAAGCUGAAGAGGAUGAGUCCUUAAACAACACACCAGGCGAUGCACAACAGCAGACUUUCACCAAGAAUUUCAUCUGCAAUGUGUGCGAUAAGCUUUUUCAUUCAAUGAAAGAACUGGGCCAUCACGUAGGUGACCACGCAGACGAAUGGCCCUACAAAUGUGAGUUCUGCGUGCUGCUUUUCAGCAAAACGGCUGCUUUGCUUGAUCAUCGAUCAAGCCUCCACGGUGUUGGCAAGACUUACGUCUGCAGCGUGUGCACAAAAGAAUUUGUCUACCUUUGUAAUCUAAAACAGCAUCAGGAGGAAUUACAUCCCGGCCAGCAGUGUACAUACGCAGAAGAAGAAAAGGGAAAAUUAAGACCUCAGAACUACAACAACUCAACAAAAGUCAACACUGAGCCGUCAGUCGCUGAUGCUGCAGAGGAACCUCAGAAACCGGUGAAAAAGGAAGAAGAUGAAGUAGAUGUAGCUGCUGAAGAACUGUUUACAACAAUAAAAAUCAUGGCCUCAGAUGGAGCGAAAAUCAAAGGGCCUGAUGUUCGUCUUGGCAUUAACCAACAUUAUCCCAGCUUUAAGCCCCCUCCGUUUCCUUACCAUAACAGAUCACCUGCUGGCUCAGUGGCCUCAGCCACAAACUUCACCACCCACAACAUCCCACAGACCUUUAGCACGGCUAUUCGGUGCACUAAGUGUGGAAAGAGCUUUGAUAACAUGCCAGAGUUGCACAAGCACAUCUUGGCUUGUGCUAAUGCCAGUGAUAAAAGGCGAUACACGCCCAAGAAGAACCCCAUCCCACUGCGGCACUUCGCAAAAACUCAAAAUGGAGUUCUGUCCACCACUAAUUCUACUAAUGGACUAAAUGCUUCAAACAGAUCCAGCCAGUCAAACAGGUCCAAACCUAACCAAGAAUCAGCAGCUAAUGUGAAGUUCAAGGUGCUGAACAAAAGGAAGAAAAAGUUGGUCCAAAGGGUCAUGCCACAGAGGAACAAGUCAGUCCCUUCAUCAAAUAAAAUGUCACCUGCGCGGGUGGAUGAGCAGCAGGAAAUCUUUGUGUGCCCACACUGCAGCAGGGAGUUCACAAUGCGUCGCAGCAGAACCAAGCACAUGGCGGUCUGCCCCAAGAAACCUAAAGAGGUGAAGAAAAGGAAGGAGGGAGGGAUCUCUGUGACAAAGGAGAAUAAUGGACACCUGCAUAGAGUGGUUGAAGAGAAACAAGCCUCCCCUCAGCAUAAAACAAGACUCCAGACAUCAGGCCCUGCUAAAAGGCCCGCCGUUCUUCCAGUGCAGACUGUCUUUUCAAAUAAAAGAAGUAAAAUAAUUAUAAAAGAGAGCACACAGCCAAAACAAGAGACACCCACUCUGAAUGAACUUCCCAUUGUUCGCACUUUCAACCCCUCUAUGCGCCAGUAUAGCAGAAUGCAGCAAAGCGUCAAAGGAAUCCCCAUAAAAAUCACCAUAGUUAAACCACAACAGGCUGCACCACAGAAGGAGGAGCUGCCUGCCGGCCAGAGCCGAGAGGAGGCAGCUGUCACCAGCGGCUCUGAGAAGAGUCCCACAGCCUGAAGACUACACAGCACACCACCGGGGAUCGUCAGGACCCCUGCUGUGCGGAGCCCCUCAUACAUAUUUGUGUCGUAGUGAUACUAAAGGCAGAGAACUGCUAAUCCCACUGUACACCACACGGACCCAGACUGCAUCACACUGUACAAUAAAUGACUGAAUUGAGGACGGAUAAAACAGGCGGCUGAGGAUACUGAAGUGAGUGGAUGUAUUAAACAGAGUAUUUGAAUGCUUUUGUAGUAGCUUGAAGUUUUGUAGAUUUCUCCUUCAAUUUUGCAAACUUUCUGUCACCGGCUUGGAUUUGCACUUUGAAGUUAAUCUGACUGCUACAUGUCACAAAUUGGAAAGGAAGUGGGAGGAAUUGAGCUGGAAGGCUGCUCUCAUUUCCUACUUGGUGGGUUAUUCUGAGAGGUUGGCAGGUGGCAAUCAUUCUCAGCAUGCAUUUGCACUUUUCCUUAUCUGUUGUCUGUGGCCUUUUGGUUUAAACUCUUUACUGCAUGCUGUGAGCUUGUACUGCGGCUAAUUAAUUAAUUUAUUAGGAUGGAUUAUGUUGAUGCAAUUUGGCCCUAAGUCUGAUGUUGCUCUGUGUUGUAGUUACACUGAAGACACGUUUAGAUCAUUUCUGAACGCACGACUACAGAAUCAUGGAAAAGUAAAAGACUCUGUAGUGCAGUCUGACAUUGACCACAAGCUAAUUCAUGUUAAGAGUUAAAAGCAUUGUUGUUUAAGAAAGGCAGCGUUAUCAUCAUUAGUGUGAAUGUAACAUUGGUAGUGUUAAUGCUACAGCCUUUGCAAAUCAAAAAUGUGUAUAAUCUGGUUGGCCCAGUUGUGUAUCUGUGUGAAAGUUCUGAGAAUAAUUCUCUUAAUGUGCCAUCAAAUGUAUAUAACAUGACUAAAUGUGGCAUAAAGGUGAUGAAGGGUAAACAUAGUGUUCUAUUUCCUACAUAUGGAAUUUAUUUUGGUGGCCCACCGAGAAAGACUAAUUCAUUUGCCUCGUCAAAAGUUUGCUGGGAGCUGCAGAUUACUCAAAAACAACAAUGCAAUGAUUUGCUACCACAUUUUAUAAAAGGGCUUAUUAAUGUCAUACGCUAAUUCUGGAGUUUAUGGGGCCACCACAAAUAUGUUCUCAAUUUGUUGGAAGUGGUUUGAUGUAUUGGCACUGCAAUUGCUAAACAGAAUAUAAUCUGCAUAUCUUGGAUGCCUCGUUGCCACUUGUACUAUAAUAAGAGUUCAAUUCUAAACAGCGUUGACAGAGCCAGUGCUUGGCCUCACUGCAUCCAUUCAGAAAUCCUCAAAUAUUUAUAGUAGUCCAGUUUGCUUGUAGGCUUUGUUUUGCACCUGUUUUACAAAAUUCUUGUCAGAAAAUAUGAUUUUGUGUGUUUUUUCCUCCAUUCAACAUCUAUAAAUCUCCAUUUUAGUAAUACAGUCUGUUUAGAUCCUUGUCAUCUGUAGCAUACAAGCCCUUCAUCAUCGCUUAUAUUCUCUUGUCAGUAGUUUAUUGUGUGAAGUGUGUAUCAUGAACAUGUAUAUAUCACAAAAUGAAAAUGUAACAUCAGUUAUGGGGUCAUUUUUGCUGGAACCCUGUGGUGAUAUAUCGAAAUGUUUGUGGCAAGUUGUCACUGAUCUCAAAGAGUGUGUGUAAUGAAUUGUAUCUGUUUAAUUUACAUUUAUAUAAGCUACUAAUUUGAAGAUCCACUGCUAUACAGGGUAAUAUUUUCAUUAUGAUUGAAUUGAAUUAAUUAAUGUAGGCAAACUAAACCUUGACAAUGGCCUGUAUCUGAGAGAGAGCGAGAGUAACGGUACCUCUGUUUUACAUGUUUUGCCUUUUCAACCCUCGCUGGUAAUAUCUCCGUCAUUCAGACGUGUGUUGGAUGUACAGGAAAGUUUGGGAGACUGUUAUUUAACUGUGAAAAGUGCUUGUAGCAUUUCGAAGUGUAAAUUGAGUCAUGUAUAUUUAUUAAUAAUUUAAAAUCAUGUUAUCAAUAUCAGAACAGUUCCUCUGUAUGAUUUGCACUAAAGUUUUUCCAAGCGAGUGUUCAAAAUAAAUGGAGAAUGUUAAGAUUA